AUGGCAACUGGACAAUCAGUUUUGGACAGUAUUGAGGACUUGGAUGAUUUCUCAGACGCUGGCAGUGAUUAUGAGGCCACAAUAAAAGCCACAAAGCGGAGAAAACUGGCGGGGCCUGGACCUCAGCCACCCAAGAGGCCCAGGCGUAAAGCUGCAUUGAGGGCGACGUCCAGCCCCUCUAGUAGCCCCAUCCCCAAUCCUCCAGACUCCUCCCUGGAGCAGCAGCAAAAGCACUCCCAGGGGACAUCCAGGCAGGUCCCCCCCAGACCUGUAAGGAGAGUGAACAAGGAAAGCCAGGGUAUCAGUGCAGAGGAAAUCUAUGAUGCGGUCCGCUCUGGAAAGAGUGCCAUGGUGGAGGUGGUGGAUGAAUGGCUGGACAUCUACAAGCAAAGCAGAGAGGUGGGGCUGCUGGUGCUCAUCAACUUCGUUGUUCAGUCCUGCGGAUGCAAAGGUGUGGUUAGUAGAGAGAUGCUUGCCAGCAUGCAGAAUGCUGAGAUCAUCAGCACACUAACUAAAAAGUUCAAUGAGGAUUCAGUGAACUACCCUCUCAGUACUCCAGGCACCCAGCUGAAGCGCUUCAAAGCCAGCCUGUGUGAGUUUGCUCGGGUUCUGGUGCGGUCCUGCAGGAAUAGCCUCAUUUAUGAUGAAUACCUCUUCCCCUCCCUGCUGGCCUUGCUCACCGGCCUGACCGACUCCCAGGUCCGAGCCUUCAGACACACCAGCACCUUGCUUGCCAUGAAGCUGAUGACUGAAAUGGUGGAAGUAGCUGUGAUGGUGUCUGUUCAGCUGCAGACCACCCAGCGGCGAUACGACAUGGAGAACAGCAAGGGGGAACAUGACAGAGCCUCUGACAGACUGGAGAAGCUGCAGGCCACCAUCACUGAGCUUCAGGAGAAAAGAGAGGAGCUUUCCUCCAUGAUGAACGCUACCUUCCGCGGUGUGUUUGUGCACCGUUACCGGGACCAGCUGCCUGAAAUUCGGGUGGUGUGUAUUGAGGAGUUGGGCAUGUGGCUGAAAACGGACCCUGAAGACUUCCUAAAUGAUGGAUGUCUCAAAUACCUGGGGUGGACCCUGCAUGAUAAGCAAAGUCCAGUGCGUCUGCAGUGUGUGCGUGCCCUGCAGGGUCUGUACCAGGAGAAGGAAUUCAUUGGCCGCCUGGAGCUUUUCACCAGCAGAUUUAAAGAGAGGAUGCUCAGCAUGGUUCUGGACAAUGACCCAGACGUGGCAGUGCAAGUGGUCAAUCUGUUGCUGCUGAUCCAACAAGCGAGGGCAGAGGAAGGCCUGAGAGAAGAGGAGUGCGGCCACAUCUAUCCCCUGGUUUAUGCUUUACACCGAGGCUUGGCGUCUGCAGCCGGCGUCUUCCUCUACAACAGGCUGCAAAGUGUGAUUUCCACUGACAACAAGGAGAAUGAAAAAAGUGACAAUGCAGCCUUCUUUCAAAUUCUCGUCUCGUUCUACAUCCAGAGUGAGUUUCAUGAGCAUGGGGCAUACCUGGUGGACAGUCUGUGGGGUGUGGCAGGAUCUGAGCUGAAAGACUGGGAGGCUAUGACAACAUUGUUGCUACAGGAUACAGGUCUGAUGUAUGAGGAGGAGGGGGCUCUCAUAGAGCUGAUGAUGUGUGCCAUCAGACAGGCAGCACAGGCAACCCCACCUGUUGGGAGAACUCAGGGCAAGAAGAGCUUGAGCGCAAAGGAUAAGAAGAUCCAGGAACAAGACAGGAGACGCAUCACCACACACUUCAUCCCUUUACUGCCACAGCUGCUGGCCAAGUACUCAGCAGAUACAGGGAAAGUGAGCCUCCUUCUCAAAGUUCCUCUCUACUUCAACCUGGAGAUGUACACCAGCGCUCAGUGGCUGGAGAAGUAUCUGGACCUGCUGCUGUCCCAGGUAUGUGGCAUUGUGGAGAAGCACACCGAGGUCACUGUGUUGGAGGCUUGCACCCGUCUGGCCAACGCUCUUUGUUCCGACUCUUACACCUUCUCCUCCCGUGCACACCUGGCGUUCAGCCGGCUGUUCGACGGCCUGACUGAGUGCUUCAGCACAUAUUUAAGUGACAUGCUGCAGGGAACUGCAGAUGAUAAUGACAUAUACAGUGCAGCCACUGCCUUGAAAAGGAUUGCUGCUUUGAGCGGUGCCAAAGACCCGAGAGGCUGGAAGCUGUUUGACUCUUGUCUUGAGCUGCUGAAGAGCAGGCUGGAGUCCAGAGAGCUCAACAAGGAGCUCAUGGUGGCAGCUCUGAAGUGUGCAGCCUUUCACCUGAUGUGGGCCAAAGUGAAUGCGGUCAACUCCAAGCCAGCUGAGGCCGAACUGACGUGUCUGAAGAAGGAGGUGCGCUCGUUCUGCAGAGUCUGUCAGACAUGUCUGUCUCUGAACCAGACUGAGAUCAGAGAUCAGGCAUUUGAGCUGCUGUGUGACUUGCUGCUGUUGUACAGUACCACUUCAGUCCGCUCUGAACCGGCCCUCCAAGAACUGGUCCACCUUCCCUCUGAUUCCCUGCGCUCUGAAUUGGCUGCUUUCCUCCUGGACUACAUCUUCACCGACUCUGAAGAUGCUGAGCUCAAUGUUGAGGGUGAGGAAGAGACGAAGAUAACUCUUCUCCAGAAGAAACGCAACCAGCUAGCUGGCUUCUGUAAGCUGGUCAUCUACGGAGUGCUGGACCUCACUGCCGCCACCGACGUCUUCAAGCACUACAGCAAGUACUUUAAAGACUUUGGUGACAUCAUUAAAGAGACUGUGAGCAAGAGUAAGCUCAUCAAUCCCAUACAGAGCGCCAAGACAGUCUGUCUGAGCCUGCAGCAGCUGUUCUCAGAGAUGCUUACGGUGGACCACAGCAGGCAGGAUCUUGGUGAGAUUAGAGACGUGGCCAAGAGGCUCGCCAUGAGCUUUGGCAUUGAUCUUCGUCGUGUUCGCAAACCACUGGUGGCCCUGCACAUGGACGGUAUACAUUUUGCAUUUCGGGAAUCACAGGAGGGAGAGGAGCAGCUUCCGAACGUGGCCUUCUUGGAAAUCCUCAGCGAAUUCAGUUUGAAGCUGCUGCAACAGGACCGUGCCCAGCUGGCUGCAUUUCUAAAAUCGGAAUGUCCCAGUGCUGCCCUCUCCAGGCCACCAGUCAAACUGUAUCAGCGUUCUUUGGAGGCUCGCUUGACUUCCAGACCCAGAGAGCAGGAGCAGAGAGGUGAUGCUGUAUCCUCACAUGAAACUCCUGUAGCUAAACGCAAGAGGACCACCGCUCAGGGUUCAGCGUCCAGUACCACCAGAGGAUCCUGGUUGGACAACAUCAGCAUUCGCAGCAGCUUUCACACCCCAGCCCUCACCUCCACUGUCCAGAGACAGCCUGACAAGCAGCUGCCCUCCAGGAAACCCACUGCUACAGAGUCUGAUAUGGGCAGCGGCUUAACUGAGCUGGAGUCUGAGGAUGAGUUCUCCUCAGGGCCUCAGAUGCGAAAGGUGAAGCCCACCAAACGACGCCAGCUGUCCUCCAGCCAGACUGCCGCCAGUUUGGAUCGACAAGACCUGAACUCCCACCUCAACUUGCUGUCUCUGAUUGAGGAUGACAAUGCACAAAGAGAAGAGGCUGAGAUUGAGGAUUAUGGAAGUGACUCUGACCGUGAAUCUGCAUAUACACUGCCCUCCACACGUCACACCUCAGCCAGUGUCCUUGAUGAGCUCUUUGAUUGAGGGCACAAAGACCUGGAUCAUCUUGAGAGCAACAGUUCUUUUUCAUGAAUACCUCCCUUCAACACAACUGUGUUUUCAGUAGUUUCAGUACAUUCAAGUGCACUAAA